GCAAGUUCUCGCUUUCAUUCUGUUUCAACUGAUGAUAAAUAUCGUCGUUUUCGUAGUCGAAGGAAAUUCUCAAUCUUUGCGUUCAGCAUAUUUUCUAACACAAGAAAACAAACGACUGCCGGAUCACGUUGUGAAGCGUUUCAAGUCUUCCAGUUUAAUUUCGUGCAGUCAGUCAUGUUUACAAAACGCUUGGUGUACUUCUGCAAACUUUGUGAUGUCUUCAAAGAAUGGCAAAGGAACUUGUGAACUGAACAAACACGAGAGGUCUCUCUUCGACGUAAACAGCAAUCUUCAUGAUCAGCAAGGUGUUAUUUUCACAAUGAUCCUGAAGGAGAACCUGCCGUACGACAGUGAAACUACUAAACCUCCAAGACGAAAAAAAGAUUUCACCGCAAAAUUUACUUGUCGAGACUCCAUGGAACUGUUUGUUGAUGGGAUAAGCCUAGGAAAAGACAACGGGGGAUGGAGGACGGCCACAGAUUUCGUCAUACCAGGCAAUACCAAAAUUAUUGCAGUGGAAGCGAAGAGCUCUCAUUAUCAUCCAGGGAUACUCGGUUCCUUCAGCAAUGGACUGGUAACUAACUCGAACUGGAAAUGCAGCGAACGCUCUCAUCUCAGAUGGAAUUCACCUGAUUUUGAUGACAGCAGUUGGCCAGCGGCAUGGGAAGUUCAAAGACACGGUGAUGGGCCUGGGGGAUACAUAGCUGGUAUCGACCGGACCGCGAAGUGGAUAUGGACAUUUAGACAGAGACUUGGUAGCUGUUAUUGCAGACUAAAUCUGCAGUAAAUCCCUCAUUAAAAAUUAGAGGUCAAGGGUACAUGCCGUUAUUUUCAUAAAUGUUUAUUUCACGGCCAUUGUUAUAUAGCUGAAAUUUUACCUCAACAGCGCGCACUCGCAUUGACUUCGUCAGGGUCACAUGACAUCUAACAAAAAUCUGUUUCCCGCCAAAAGUCUCUGAGCGGGUAUAACUUACAAAAUUUAUGCCGCUAAAUAACAACAAACAACAACAACAUCUUAUCUUUAUUUCUCAAUAUUAUAACAUGAUUAAUUAGUUUAUCUAAUAUAUAUGUAUAGCAUAUUUUAGAUGAGCUAGGUAACUGUGAUAAUCUUGUUUGAAUGGGACUAGUGGAAGCUACAUGAACAGUUAGGUUUUCGAGCAGUGCCAAUCGUGGUAAGUGUUCAGCGGAGGGGCCCGGGGGACCCGAGCCCCCUCCCCCCUAUUUUGGGUAAAAAAGGAUAAAUAACAGAAGGAGGAAAAGCCAGCAGGGCAAUCAAAACAAAACCGCCUCCCCUUUAGUUCAAGGGCUGGAUCCGCCAUCGGUGUUGACCGACCAUUGCUACUUUUACAUAUAUUGGAGCUACUAAUUCAUGACUUAAAGAAGACGUCCUUUUUUUCCUGUCAGAAGCAUAGGCUUACUCCGAGAAAUAAUCCCAAACUCCUCUCAAGCUAGGUGUCGAACAGAAGCCCUUUUGUUGAGCAUGCUAUAUAACAAAUCAGAUAAUUUCGCUCGUUUCCUCUCGAAUGUCAAUGUUCUUAGCAAACAAAACUAAUUGUUACCCUCGGCACCAGUCAAAGGAAAGAAUAUCAUUAUAUUGAGUACAAAAUGAAUUCGUGUCAAUAUCUCUUCUUUCAGUCUUGUCACCCGCAGAGUACAAAAUUACUCAGUUGAAUUGUUAAAUGUAACAUCUGUUAAAUGAACCAAACGAAUAAGUCAAAUCACGAUUUAGUGAAUUUAAGCCUGAUGUUGUUCACAGAUCUCAAGAAGGUUAACUGCUACGAAUACAGGGUUUUUCAAAUAUUUGGAGCGCGAAGCCUUGCGCUGAAUUUUUUAACUAGAACUAUACAUUAAACGGGCAAAUUUGAUGGCGAACUCAGAUAUAAAACUUCCUACCUUUCUUGAAGAAAAUGCAUGCAUGUUAAAUUGAACUGAUUAGCAAUCAGAUAAAAUACAAUGUUAUUCGACUGACAAAAUUACUUCAUUGUGAUUGGCUGUGAGUAGGCCAGUUUAAUCGUUAAUAAUUAUUUCGCUCUGUAGUGUAAAUUAACGCUCGCGCGUUCGUAAUUUUCCUAGUCAUAUAAUGAGUAAUCGUAUGAAA